CCAUUGACUCCAACAAGUCGUGGACACCUCUUUUUCUCCAGACAAAAAAGAGCAUAAGGUACAGGAGAAGGAGAGAGACAACACAAAAGAGAUGAGUUCACACUCCUCCAUUCAAGAAGCUUGCUUUAGUGUCUGCUGCUCAUCACCAUUCUCAUCUCACUCCAUGACUCAGGAACAAGAAGAAGAACUCGAGUUCUCAGUAAUCGCACCAGGAGCUUCCUUUAUAACAAAAGACAUCAGAUUCACCAGCCAAGAAUCUCUCCCUCCUCUCCGCACAUCUUUCUACGACCUAAUCACAGCUUUUCCUGAUUACUUGCAGACGAACCAAGCCGAUCAUCUCCGAUCUACAGACUACCAAAACCUCUCGUGCUCCUCUCGCCACGUGUCGUUAUCCCACACCGGACAACAACAGCCCUUGUUCUCUUACUCACAGUUCCGACAACUCUCCCGUUCGAAUAACUCUCUCUUUACCUUGUCUCCCACGCAAGUGAGCUCCGGUAAAGAAAUGUUAUCACUCGCGAGGGGAGAAUCUCUGUUUCAGUCGAGGAUGAGGAAGAGAAUCACGAGUUUUAUGAAUCUUGAAGAAUCUGAAUAUGACAUGAUACUAACUCAAGACCGCUCCUCUGCUUUCAAGAUCCUAGCGGAGCUCUACUCUUUCAAAACGAAUCCGAAUCUUCUCACUGUCUACAACUACGAAGACGAAGCAGUCGAGGGCAUGAUCAGAAUCACGGAGAAGAAGGGUGUGAAGCCCAAAUCAGCAGAGUUCUCGUGGCCGAGCACUGAGAUUGUGUCGGAGAAACUGAAGAGGACAAUGUUGAGGAGCAAGAGAAGAAGCAAAGAAGACAAAAGAGGACUCUUUGUGUUUCCACUUCAGUCUCUUGUCACAGGAGCUUCGUAUUCUUACUCGUGGAUGAGUUUAGCUCAAGAGAACCAAUGGCAUGUGCUGCUUGAUACCUCUGCUUUGGGUUCUAAAGACAUGGACACUUUAGGUCUUUCUCUGUUCCGACCAGAUUUUGUGAUAUGUUCUUUUACAGAGGUUUUAGGGCAAGAUGAUGAUGAUCUUACUGGUAUCGGUUGCUUGUUCGUCAAGAAAUCUAGCUCUCAAGCUUUGUCGGAAACACCGGGAGGCAUCACGGAUCCUGCAAAUCUCACGGUAGUAAAAGCAGAGCCAAAUUGGAAAACAAGAAAUGACGAAACUACCCUUCGGGACCACAACGAGGCGUCUACGUCUGCCAUUGAGAUCGAGGAAGACGACAAAGCAAUAAUUGAGUUUCGAAGCUUAGAUCACGCGGACUCUCUCGGUCUGAUACUGAUCAGUCGAAGGUUAAAGUCUUUGACUUUAUGGUUGGUCCGAGCGUUGACGUGUCUGAAACAUCCAGGCUCUCACGAAACAGAGACGCCUCUGGUCGAAAUCUGCGGACCGAAGACGAGACCGGACCGGGGAGCGUCUGUUUCGUUCAACGUCUUCGAUUGGCAAGGAGAGAAGGUCGAUCCUUUGAUGGUGGAGAGGCUGGCGGAGAGGGAGAAGAUCCGUUUGCGAUGCGCGUAUUUGCAGAAGAUUGGUGGUAGCGUGGGAAACAAGAAACGAAGAGAUGAAGCGAGAGAUGGGCAGAGUAUGAGUUCGAGAGUGUCGGUGGUGAGUGUUAGGUUAGGGUUUAUGACGAACUUUGAUGAUGUUUUUAGGGUUUGGGGGUUUGUGUCGAGGUUCUUGGAUGCGGAUUUUGUGGAGAAAGAGAAGUGGAGAAAGAAAGCUCUUGAGAAAAGACAAAUGACAGGCGUAAUAGUUUGAGUUGAGAGCCUUUUGAUCUGAAUCCGAAUGGUUCAGUUCCACAUUUGGUUGAACGGUUUGGGUUUGGGUUGGUUUGGUUCGGUUCGGUUCAGUUCGAUUAAAUUGUUGUUCGAUUAGACAAUUCAAUUUUCCUCCCUUUGUUUUUAUGUUGGUACAUAUUUCAACAUAUUUUUAACCCA